AUGACCACCUGCUCGUGCUCGUCUGUCGGCAACUGCAACCAGUGCACUCCCGGCCAGUGCUCGUGCGCCUCGUGCCACGGCGGCAAGGACAAGAACGCCCAGGGCUGCGGCUGCUCGUCCAAGGACGCCUCUGGCAAGGACAAGUGCUCGUGCUCGUCGUCGGCCAACUGCUCGUGCGGCGAGAGCUGCAAGUGCUCGAGCUGCGGCAAGAAGGGCGAGGCGCUCUGA